UUUAUUUAUUUAUCAAUAUUUGGCUGUGCCAGGUCUUAGUUACAACAUAAAGUAUCUUCAUUGCGGCAUGCAGGACUCUUUUGUUGUGUCACGUGAACUGUUAGUUGUGGCAUGUGGGAUCUGGUUCCCUGACAAGGGAUUGAACAAAGGGUCUUUGCAUUGGGAGUGCCGAGUCUUAGCCCCUGGACCACCAGGGAAGUCCCCCAAACCCUUAUUGUUAAUCAAAACAUUAAUACUUGUUCUGCUUAAGAUAAAUGAGAAAACCAUACAAAUACAAUGUUGUAUUAGGGGGAAGAAGGUUCUUUUCUGAACAAUAAAAAAUACAGGAUUAUAAUUUAUGAACAGUGAAUAUGAUUUUUAAAAUAAGUUAUCCUUAUAAUGAUAACUGUCGGGACCAUGCAGUAGGAAGAUUUCUAUGCAACUUUUACCCAUCACAUCAACCAUGAUGGUUUCUGUACUGUUAGAAUUUGAUUCAGCAUUACCUCAAAAGUUAAGACUUUUGCAUCCACUUUUACUUUGUUUGAAAAAUAGUUAUUAAAAUGAAAAAAACAUGUAUUAAAAUGAGAGCCAGGAAGGUAGUACAGGAACCUCAGAGGUCAUUUAGUUCAAACUCAAUGGUUCACACAUGAAAAAAAAUUGAGGUGGGAGGAAAUGAAGUGACAUCCCCAUAUCAAAUCAUUAGCCAAAGCGAGUUCUACUAGGUGAAACCCAUGUCUACUGAUUAGUGGUCUUUCUCUACCCAGAUGACUCUGGAUUUAAAGGCUAGUACACGUGUGUCCAUCUGUGUUGUUCACGCUCAUCACAGUAGCUGGUAAGCAGGAGUGGCGUGGGCAUUGGACACAGCCUAGAAGAGAGAUUCACCACAAAUUAAAAUUUCCCCUUCUGGCAGGAACGCCACUGAUAAAACACUGAUUUUGGAAAUCAAACAGUCCUGAGUACACGUCCACAGGGCCACUCACUUAUUUAUGCCCUUGGGAUGCUUUACCUUACUGAGCCCAAGUCUGUUCAUCUCUAGGAGGGAGAUUCUAUUUCCUCAUAGAAUUUUCUGGUAAAUACAUAACUAGAGUAUACUAACAUAUAUGGCCGCCUUCCUAAACUAAGGGUUCAGAUCUGUAAAUGCGCUCCAAUGGACACCUAAGCAUGUGUGUGCCGCCAUCUGUUCCCCCUCCCCACUCCCAUGGUCCGGGUUUUCCAUUGCUUGUAAGGGACACAUCGCCCUGUGUGUGUCGUCCUUCCAAACCUGCGCGUUUCCCUUUAGGGCAACCUCAGCACAGAGGAGCGCUUCCUCCUGCUGGGCUUCUCCGACUGGCCCUCCCUGCAGCCUGUCCUCUUCGUCCUCGUCCUCCUCUGCUACCUCCUGACUCUGAUGGGCAACUCGGCGCUGGUGCUGCUGGCGGUGCGCGAGCCGCGACUACACACGCCCAUGUACUACUUCCUCUGCCACCUGGCCCUGGUGGAUACGGGCUUCACCACGAGCGUGGUGCCAUCCCUGCUGGCCAACCUGCGCGGCCGGGCGCUGAGGCUGGAGCGCUGCGGCUGCCUGGCGCAGCUGUGCGCAUCGCUGGCGCUGGGCUUGGCCGAGUGCGUCCUCCUGGCGGUGAUGGCUCUGGACCGCGCAGCCGCCGUGUGUCGCCCGCUGCGCUACGCCGGCCUCGCCUCCCCGCGCCUCUGCCACGCGCUGGCCGGCGCCGCCUGGCUCGGUGGCCUCACCAACUCUGCCGCGCAAACCGCGCUCCUGGCCGCUCGGCCGCUGUGCGCGCCCCGACGGGUGGACCACUUCAUCUGUGAGCUGCCCGCGCUGCUCCAGCUGGCCUGCGACGGCGGCGGCCAGGACUCCACCGAGCGCCAGAUGUUUGCUGCCCGCGUCUUCAUCCUGCUGGUGCCUUCCGCCGUCAUCCUGGCCUCUUAUGGCGGCGUGGCCCGCGCUGUAUGGAGCAUGAGGACCAGAGGCAGCCGCAGGAAAGCGGUGGGCACCUGUGGGUCUCACCUGACAGCCGUCUGCCUGUUCUAUGGCUCAGCCAUCUACACCUACCUGCAACCCGCGCACAACUACAACCAACGGCGAGGCAAGUUCAUUUCUCUUUUCUACACUGUAGUCACACCCGCCCUCAACCCACUCAUCUACACCCUCAGGAAUAAGGAAGUGAAGGGGGCAGCGAGGAGGCUCCUGGGGGGUGUGGGGGGAGGGCAAGAUGCACAGUGAGUCAGGCGGGGAGGGAAGGAGGGGAGUGUUACCCCGGGGCCCAAGGAUGGGAAUGCCCAGUGGAAAGGGUUUAGCCUUCAGGCUGUUCAUUUCUCUACAAGAAUCCAUAAGAUUUGUCCUUAAGAAGCCCAUGGUUAAUGGGGAGGUCCCUUCCUCCCAUCAGGAAAGGUUCUUGUGCUGUAGGGAAACACCCCCCCACCCCCCACCCCCACCCCCGGCCAUGUCCUUUAACUGUGCAGGUUUAGUGAGCCGAAGAUGGCCCUGGGGCUUUCUCCUAAACUGAUGAAAAUAAGAAAGUGAGAUUUGGGGAGGACCUUUCACAUUUUCAGGCUUACCAUAUCCCCGACAAGAGUCCGUAAGAGAUGGUAAGAGGUGUAUGAAGAUCCCAGUCUAGUGGAAGAGGCCAUGGAAGACCCCGUGGUGUCUGUCAUCAGACAUAUCGCUAAGUGACAAUAAAAUCAUAGACUCAGCCCUGCGGGAGAUUCCAUCCAAAAAAAAAGAAGACACAGUCUCUCAUUGCAGGGCAUUAGUGCAAACAAAUGCCCUGCUACCCAGUUAAAUAGCGCCCACCCCAGAGAACUUGACCCAUAAUUAUAGUGAGCAACACCUGUAAGUGCGGUUUGUGCUGAGUGGGGUUAAGUUCAGAAAGUCUUCUGCAGGAAGUGGUUCUUGAGACAGUUAGAAAGAAGAGAAGAGACUCGCAGGGAAGAGGGUAGACAUGUUUCAGGCCUCAAGAAAAACAUAGGUGAUUGGGAAGGAGACCCAAGGUGGUGAGACAGAGGAGAAAAGGAAGGGAGAGAGAUGGAGGAAGCAGAGAGGGGAACGCUCCACCAGCCAGACUGCGGGUAAAGUGUUGGGGUCAACCCAGAAACCAACCCUCAGCCCCCAUCCAACCCAGAGAAGACCUGCUAGAGCCUAAGGCAGUCAGACCAGAGACCGCUCCACAGUCAUUCAAUUUUCUAAAAAUCUGUUCCCACCUAAAGUACAUCUACUCCCAAGGAGCCCCCACUAGAGGCAUAAAAUCUCUAGAUUCCCACCGGGAAUACCUUGCCAUGACCACCAUCAUCCCCAGAAAUAAGAAUGGU